AUGGCUCGCGGGCUCGCGGCUCUGCUGCUGCUGGUGAUAGCGGCGUCGGUGUCAUUGGCGGCCGCCGCCCCGGCCGAUCAGGAGGGCGACCGGAUCCGGGAGCUCCCGGGGCAGCCGCCCGACGUGGGCUUCUCGCAGUACUCGGGCUACGUCACCGUCAACCAGGCCCGCGGCCGCGCGCUCUUCUACUGGCUCGUCGAGGCGGCGCCGGCGGCCGGGCCCAUCGCGCCGCUCGUCCUCUGGCUCAACGGCGGGCCCGGCUGCUCCUCCGUCGGCUACGGCGCCUCCGAGGAGGUCGGCCCCUUCCGCAUCCGCCCCGACGGCAAGACGCUCUACCUCAACAAGAAUUCAUGGAACAAGGCGGCCAAUUUGCUCUUCUUGGAGUCGCCGGCCGGCGUGGGCUUCUCCUACUCCAACACGUCCAUGGAUCUGUACACGGCGGGAGACGCCAAGACAGCACUGGAUGCCUACGCUUUUCUGGUGAACUGGCUGGAGAGAUUCCCUCAGUACAAGUACAGGGAGUUCUACAUUGCUGGAGAGAGCUAUGCAGGGCAUUAUGUUCCCCAGCUGGCCAAGCUCAUAUUCGAAAAGAACAAUGGCACUGCCAAUCCAAUAAUUAACCUCAAAGGAUUUGUGGAAAACUUACUAUUCCUGAAAAUUAAGGUGGGGAAUGCGGUUACGGAUGACUACAAUGACUAUCUUGGCACAUUUGAGUACUGGUGGAGUCAUGGCCUGAUCUCUGACAGCACUUACCACAAUUUGAAGAAGACAUGCUUGUUUGAUUCCUCAGAGCACCCUUCCCCUGAAUGUGUCAAGAACCUGAACCUGGCUAGUUCCGAAGAAGGCAACAUUGACCCUUAUAGCCUGUAUACAAAGCCCUGCAAUAGCUCAGCCUCUCUCAAACUUGGCCUGGGAGGACGCUAUCCUUGGUUGUCCAGAGCUUAUGAUCCUUGCACCGAAAGAUAUUCAAAUAUAUACUACAAUCUGCCAGAAGUGCAGGCGGCGUUACACGCUAACACAACUGGAAUUAAAUACCCUUGGAAAACUUGCAGUGAUAUUGUCGGAUCGUAUUGGGCGGAUUCCCCCAGAUCUAUGCUUCCUAUCUACCAUGAGUUAAUUGCAGCAGGUAUCAAGAUAUGGGUAUUCAGUGGGGAUACAGAUGCUGUUGUUCCUGUAACCGCAACAAGAUAUUCCAUAAGCGCUUUGAAGCUGCCAACGCUGAUGAAUUGGUACCCUUGGUAUGACCAUGGAAAGGUUGGAGGUUGGAGUCAAGUUUACAAAGGACUAACCCUCGUUACCGUAGCAGGCGCAGGGCAUGAGGUACCUCUGCACCGGCCUCGACAAGCACUAAUACUAUUCAGACACUUCUUGAAGGACACACCGAUGCCUACUCAAUAG